AUUUUCUAGUGCCGUUCGAAGAGAAAUCCUACAUAUUGUUUAAUGAUAAUACGAUAUGUAUGAAGCAGGUAGAAAACGGUACACUAAAAAACAAGCCCAUUGUUUCUACAUCCUAUUCUUUUUGAUGACCAUGACGUUGGAUAUUUUUUAUUUAGAUUCAAGGAAACAGAAAAAUAAAGGGUAAAUGACAAAAAUGAAAAAUGAAAUGAAAAGGUGUUACAACAAUGAAGAUGAGAGAUGCAGCCAGCUUGAUUCCGAUGAGUAUUGUAGACAUAAUAGAUCCAGAGUAAAAAAGACCAAUGACAUAGCCAUGUUUAAGGAGCAUGGAAGGAGUAAGACAGAAGAUAAAAGAAGAUCCGUCCAUUAUGAGAGGGAUGUGAAGGUCAAGAACCAAGUAGAACCGUUGAAAUACAAAAAGCCGCAGUAUGAUCAAAGGCGUACAUUCCUUAUGGAAGAACGAGCCAUAAAGUCCUUAACCUGACCGGAACCCUGUGGAUAAAAGAAAGAGUAUAUAUGUGCAGCACAGUAGUAAGGGAC